UAUCAUUUUCACCAUUUUACAAGUUAAAAGGCAGUUAAUGUGCUAUGCCCAACAAUUCAAUUCUCUAACAUUCUAACCAAAAUUCUGAAACAAAAUUUCGUUGUCUUUCUUAUUGGACUAAAUGGGUCUCACCGAAGAUCAGAAAAACGCUAUGAAAGAGGCUUUCACUCUCUUUGACACUGACAGCGAUGGCAAGAUAGCUCCAACGGAGCUCGGGGUCUUAAUGAGAUCUCUGGGCGGUAACCCCACUCAAGCUAAACUCAAAGAAAUCGUGGCUCAAGAGAAGUUAACUGCACCCUUCGAUUUCUCACGCUUUUUGGGGCUAAUGGAGAAGCACUUAAAAACGGAGCCGUUCGAACAGCAGUUGCGCGAUGCGUUCAAGGUGUUGGAUAAGGAGGCGACCGGCUUUGUCUUGGUGUCGGAUCUUAAACACAUUUUGACCAGCGUCGGGGAGAAGCUGGAGCCCACAGAGUUCGAUGAUUGGAUCAAGGGAGUCGAUGUUGGCUCCGAUGGGAAGCUCAAAUACGAUGAUUUCAUUGCCAAGAUGGUUGCUAAGUGACACAAAAGAUCAUUCAAUAUUUCUUAUGUUUUGUU